UCAUAAAUACUAAUUUUCAGCGAAAGGGGAAUAAAACAUAUCGGCAACAGAACUGCUCUCAGCGCUGUUCCCUUUGCCUGAUGCUCCUUGUAUAGUUGGGUUUUCUCCUCCUCUCUUUUCCUUUUUUUCCCCCUUUCUUUCCAUUUCUUUUCUUCUUUUUUGCUUGUUUUUUUUCCCCCUCCAUCACCAAAAGCAAGUCGGGGGAACGGCUGUGUCUGAUGCCUUAUCUAUUUUGUGCUGACUGCUGGAGAUGAGCCUAGGCUUGACCUGACCAUGAUUCCAAGGACUGGCACUUCUCUUUUACCCCCACUUUGUAGAGAUCCAGACCUUCUCUUCCUGAUUGUCAAGAAAAUUAAAUUUUUGCUGAAUUUGGAAAUCUAGGCAGCAGCAGCUUACUUUUUCCCUGCAUCUCUCUGGAAUCGUUUCUGGGAUAUUUCCAAAUCAUCACAGAAAGCAGGAGGAAUGAACCGGCAGCUAGUGAAAAUUUUGACAACCUUGUUUGCAUUUUUCUUAGAGACAAACCACUUCAGGACGACUUUCUGUAAAGAACAUGAUUCAAGAUCUGGAAAAUCCCCCUCACAGACCCUGUCUCCUUCAGAUUUUUUGGACAAAUUGAUGGGAAGGACAUCGGGGUAUGAUGCUAGAAUCAGACCAAAUUUUAAAGGUCCUCCAGUAAACGUUACUUGCAAUAUUUUUAUCAACAGUUUUGGAUCAGUCACAGAAACCACAAUGGACUACAGAGUGAACAUUUUUUUGAGGCAGCAGUGGAAUGACUCACGUCUGGCUUACAGCGAAUAUCCUGAUGAUUCCCUGGAUUUGGAUCCCUCUAUGUUGGAUUCUAUUUGGAAGCCAGAUUUAUUCUUUGCCAAUGAGAAGGGAGCAAAUUUCCAUGAUGUCACAACAGACAACAAGUUGCUGAGGAUUUCUAAAACUGGAAAGGUGUUGUACAGUAUCAGGCUCACUUUAACCUUGUCCUGUCCCAUGGACUUGAAGAAUUUUCCUAUGGAUGUACAGACAUGUACAAUGCAGCUCGAGAGCUUUGGCUACACCAUGAAUGAUCUGAUAUUUGAGUGGCUAAGUGAUGGACCUGUGCAAGUUGCAGAGGGUUUAACUUUGCCACAGUUUAUUUUAAAAGAAGAUAAAGAACUUGGUUAUUGCACAAAGCAUUACAACACUGGAAAGUUUACAUGCAUUGAAGUCAAGUUUCAUUUGGAGCGCCAGAUGGGAUACUAUUUAAUCCAGAUGUACAUUCCUAGCCUGCUGAUUGUCAUUUUAUCCUGGGUUUCUUUCUGGAUCAACAUGGAUGCUGCUCCAGCCAGAGUUGCAUUGGGCAUCACUACAGUUUUGACAAUGACCACACAAAGCUCAGGAUCAAGAGCUUCCCUCCCAAAAGUCUCCUAUGUAAAAGCUAUCGACAUUUGGAUGGCUGUGUGUCUACUCUUUGUCUUUGCUGCUUUGCUGGAAUAUGCAGCAGUCAACUUCGUUUCACGGCAGCACAAGGAGUUCCUGAGGCUCCGGAGAAGGCAAAGAAGACAAAACAAGGAAGACGAAGUUGCUCGUGACAGCCGAUUCAAUUUCAGUGGCUAUGGCAUGGGCCACUGCCUCCAAGUCAAAGAUGGCACAGCAGUCAAGGCUACACCACCCAACCCAACUCCAGCACCACCAAAGGAUUCAGAUUCCAUCAAAAAGAAGUUUGUUGACCGUGCAAAAAGGAUUGAUACAAUAUCCCGUGCUGCGUUCCCACUGGCCUUCCUCAUUUUCAACAUCUUUUACUGGAUUACAUACAAAAUUAUACGGCAUGAGGACAUUCACAAGAAAUAGGCAGCUCUGGUUUGCCAGGACUUCUUAGCCAAAGUGAUCCACAUGUAAAUAAACAGCGAAAUGUCAUUCUGUCAUAUGGACUAAGGGUUUCUUCCCCACUCCCCCAGAACACUGGAGAAAAAAUUAGCAAAGAGGAAAAGAAGUGUAGAAGGAAAAGUGAUUCCAUGACAAAAUAUGCCGUGAGACCAGUCAAGAGGCUCCCCCUUUGUACUCCUAGUGUGUUCUUCCAGAUUCAGCAUCGAUCAGACAUCUAUAACUGGGGCCAAAUUAUACCCAGCUUUAUCACCAAGAUAUUACCUUUCAGAACAAAAGAGAAUCAGAAAACAAACAAUUCUCCUAAAACAUCUAUCAAGAGACUGUGGUGGCUACAGUACAGUAAGUUAUAAGAGGACCAAAAUUUUUCAGGAUAAUGUUGCCUUUCUAUUUGAAACAAGUCUACUGAGCUACAUUCCAUGAUCAUGUCUGUAGGUAGUGGUUUCACCAAGGAGUCCUUUUGUGGGUUGUAAAUUAUUUCUACUGAUAGGGGAGAGGGAAAAUAAAGGAAAAAAAAUUUAUACUUUACUAUCCUUGUGGGUGUGCAUUUUAAUAUUAUCUUGCUUUACUAGAAUUGUAAUUUUGGGGUUGAACUUGUGUGUCAUGUGAUUUAUUUGAUAGUUGACACUCCAAAACCAGUGAAACUGCCCGGUUUAUUUCUGUUGGGAGACAGUGCACUUACUUCAUUUUAUUUCUGCUGAUUUUACAUGCAACUUGAGGUGCCAAACUGUAUUUUACCUAUUGUGCUACCCUGUACCACACUACUUAGUAAGAACUUGUUUCCUCAAAGGUGUAGCUCAGUUUAGCAUUGAGUUUCUAUUAUCGCUCUCAUUGUAGCUGCAGUCAAUAGCUCUAUAGGUAAACACAACUUGUUUACAGACCUCUAAUUUAUAUCUUUACUCAAAGUGGCUAUCAUUUUAAAUAUCAUUAAUUAACCUAAGAAUUUUAAAACUGUACUGUGAUUUUCAGAACCUGUUACCUUUUGGUGCCAGAUCUGCGUUAUUCAAAUCCUUGCUACAUGUUUUAAAGUAGAAAAUUUAAAAAAAAAAUUUAAAAAAGAGGAAAAAAAGAUGGUAUUUUUGCUUACAUGGAAGAAGACAAACUGUAACAUAAGAUGAGUAAAACAUUAAAAUUUUACACUUGCUGUAAAAGGGUUUAUUAAAAAAAGGUAUUUGUUCAAUUUCAAUAAAGCUAAAUGUGGUACUAACA